AUGGCCGCACCAGAUGUCUCCGCCUCCUCAGAUCCCGCACUUUCCUCGGACAAUGUGGGGGUGGCUUCAGGAGUUGCAGGGGUGUUGUUGGAGUCGGGACCGUUGAGUGUGGGUCCCAUAGCUUUGGAAGACGGAGAACCGCAGCUUCCGGUCGCUUCCGAAAGCAUUCCAGCCUCUUUGGAGGAUGCACAGGGCCCUGGCGAGGAGCUGCCGGGCGAUGUACCUUCUCAGCCGGCCGAGCCGGUCCGGGAAGAGCACUUGGCAAAUUAUGAUUUCGAUGAGCAAGAGGAGCUAGAGUAUUAUCGAGAAUACGACGAUGGGUUUAGUGAGGCCUUGCGAAACCUUUCCGCUGAUGCAGAAGCUGAGGCUGCUCUUGACAGGGCGCUCCACAGUCUUGUAGGUAGUGAGGAAUGCAUGAGCGAAGUGACCGAACAGGUGUCGGCUUGCAGUCGUGAGGCCGAUCCUGUCUUUGUACAAGAGCAGGUCAUGAACGAGCUUGUACGGCACCCAGUGCCGCCACGAGGAUUUCAGCUUCCGUGGGAGCGAGGUCCCAUGAAGAGCAUCUUUGCCGAUAACUUGCCGAGCUUGCCAAGCUUGAAAGGGAUGCCAAGACGUAGCAUGCCGGAGCCCCCCCCCGCUGCGAUUGCACCGAGUCUUUCGCCAGCAGCUAAACUGCCCUCGCCGUCCGAGCCAAUCUUUAAGCUGGUUGUGAAGGUUGUUAAGGAUGUGGGAUAUCUUGAACGCCGUGAGGAGUUGCUUCAGGUUGGGAUCCACAAGUUGGCCAUCAACUUAGAGCUAGUGGGUAAUGCCUUUGUUCCCCCGGAACUUCUGCACCAAGGGCAGGUCGAUGCUGAGUCGCUGGAAGCGGCGAUCGGGGUGAGGAGUCCUCUCACACUAAACAAGCGGGUAGGCAACCUUGCGAAUUACUUGAAGUGGUGUAUGGAGUCGUGUGUUGAGAGUGGCUGUUACCUACACGAGGCCACCGUGUGGAAGUACCUCAGUCACCUGAGACAUUCAGGCUCGCCCCCGUCGCGAGGAGCCGACUGUGUAUCCAUGUUUCGGUUCUUACACCAUGUGUUGGGUCUGGACCUUACGCACAUCCUCAAGAGUAGACGUGUCAGCGGAAUCACUGAACAGAUGCGCACCGGCAAGGGUUGGAUUAAGCAAGCAUCGCCCCUCACGGUGAGUGAGAUCCUGUUCCUGCACCGGCUGCUGGAGCAGCGGGAGUUGCACAAAUACGACCUUGCGAUGGUAGCAUACAUACUCUUAGCCUUAUAUGCAAGAGCCAGACAUUCUGACCUGGCGGAUGUUCAGAAUGUCACGCAUGACCACUCACCGGACGGAUUCGUCUGGGGCACAGGUGCAACUGUGCAUGGUGGAGUACACGCUGUACGCACAAAUAUGCGGUCUUUUCCCCUUGUGACCCAGAUGCUGGCUUCAUAUGCCAAGCAGUGGGUGCAGGAUCACCCUUUUACCAGUCUCAUGCUCUUCGCAGAUGUGCAAGCGCCCCUGCAUGCCGAUCGGAACAAUGCAGCGGGUGUAGACAAUUUUCUAAUCGGUUUGACUGGCUUUAGUCAUGGAGAGCUCUGGGUCGAAUCGUCCUCAGGUUCUCAGGUCUGCCCUGAUCCAGCCUACCCCGGCUGCGGUGAGCUGCUUCCAGUCUCGCGCACUUGCGCGUUUUUCGAUGCUCAUGCAAGACAUGCUACCUGCCCAUGGACGGGUCACCGAGUUGUUCUUGCAGGGUUCACUGUCAAGGGAUACGAUGCCUUUGGUCAGGCCAUGCGUGCUGAGCUGACAAGUCUCGGCGUCCAGAUGCCGCAGUUGGCUGCCGCUUUGCCACUUCUGGCUGACCUGUUGACACCUGAAGGUCGCGAGCUCUGUCGAUUUUGGCUGCAGAGCCCUCUGCUGGUGGCCGUCUUCGCUUCGCCCCCUUGCGAUGCAUCCUCGCAUGAAGCCUUGCAUGAAUUCCUGAGCGAGGUUGUGGAGGAGUGUCAGCGCCGACGUGUUCUCUGCGCCAUUGAAAACCCUCAGCGCAGUUCCUAUUGGGACACAUCUGCCUUCCGUCGCAUUCAGCAUCUUUGUGCACAUACUGUCAGCCUUGACCAAUGUGCUUUCGGUGGCUCCCAGCCAAAGCGCACUACCAUUGUCAGCACGUCACCGUGCUUCGCAUCCUUGGCAAAAGACUGCCCAGGUAAAGCCUGCGCGGCGAACCACGCCGCUGAUCAGGAGACUGCCUACCCGCCCAAGCUAGCCAUGCAACGCAUCAAAACGCCAUGGACUGUGCCCUUGGAAUGCUCAGCUUCUGCGAGUCUCCCCCAUCACGGCUAA